AUGUUUGAAAGACCAGAGGGAAUUGAAAAUUGUCGAAUUUGGGUCGAUGGCUGCUUUGAUUUCGCCCAUCAUGGACACGCAGGUGCAAUGUUACAAGCACGUCAAUUAGGUAAAGAGCUCUACGUUGGUGUUCAUUCCGAUGAAGAGAUUCUUGCCAAUAAGGGACCCUGUGUCAUGAAAUUAGAUGAACGAAUGACUGCCGUUGAUGCCUGUAAGUGGUCAACUAAAGCCAUUGCCAAUGCACCAUACGUCACCGACCCCAAAGUCAUGGAUGAAUACGGAUGUAAAUACGUUGUUCAUGGAGAUGACAUUACAACUGAUGCCAAUGGUGAAGAUACUUAUCAAGUGGUUAAAGAUUUAGGUAAAUUUGUUGUUGUUAAACGUACUCCCAACAUUAGUACUACUGAUUUAGUUGGAAGAAUGUUGUUGAUGUCCAAGAACCAUCAUUAUCAUGAUUUGAAUGUGGCCAAAAACUGGCAAAAAUUGAUUAACGAUGGUGAUAAUUUGGACAGGUUUACGCAGUAUGCUACUGAUGAAACCGGGUUGAAACCGGGUGCUGUUGUCUAUUUAAACACUCCCGAUGAGUUGAAGACGAUUGUUGAACCAAGUAAAACAGUUGCGGAAAAGGACAACACUAGAGAUGAAGAUUCCAAAUAUGUUUACAUUGAUGGUGGAUUUGAUUUAUUCCACCCAGGGCAUAUAGAAGUAUUGAAGCUAGUUCACCACCGAGCUCAACAAUUGGGAGCUAAAGUAAUUGUUGGAAUCCAUGACGAUUUGACGGUAAACAAAUACAAAGGAUUAAACUACCCCAUUAUGAAUAUUUUUGAACGAUCAUUGUGUGUAUUACAAUGUCGCUAUGUUGAUGGGAUUGUUUUGAAUGCACCGUAUGUCCCCACGAGACAAUUUCUUGCCCGCAUUGGCAAUGUGGUUAAAGUGUAUCAUGGACCUACUGAUGUUGAUGAAUCAGUUUAUGAUGAAGUUGCCAAAAAGAAUGAAGAUAAUGGUGGUGGUGCUGGUGCUGGUGUUUAUGAAACUUUACCUAAACAUAAAUAUGAUCAUAUGAGUACUGAAUUUAUUGUUGAUCGAGUGUUGCAGAAUAAAGCUGUUUAUGUUGAACGACAAAAGAAGAAAGGAUGGAAAGCAGAGAUGGAGAAAGUGUUGGAAGCUAAUGAACGAAACAAGAGAAAUGCCGAGGAAGGGGAGCUAAAAAAUUAG